GAAGUUACUGUUGGGAACAGAUCCAUGUAUGGAAGCAAAAGCAGAAAAGCAUAGAUAAGCUGAGAUCCAGCUAUGCAAACCAUCUUUAGAGACACUUAAAGAACAAGUACCCCAGCUCCUUUCUUUCUGGUAAAUUUAGGGACACUAUCAUAUGAGGGCUUUUUUCCAUUCUGCUGUAUCCACAACUGCUGAGACUCAGCUGGGGCUGAGGACGUGGGGGAACUGCUGAGUGGAAGCAGCCAUGUCGCAGGCAACUCACCCACCCACCUUCCUGGUGAACUUGCAACUCCUGAGCAUUGUGGUGGUGCUGCUCUUCCAUGCAGAUGGCAUACAUGGAGAAAGCCCCAGCGAAGUGCCUGCAAACAAGUCUGAGGUUUGCACAGGCUCAUACAUCUGCAAAAAGGGUGUGAUCUUACCAAUAUGGGAACCCCAAGAUCCCUCGUUUGGUGACAAAAUAGCUCGAGCAACAGUGUAUUUUGUAGCAAUGGUAUACAUGUUCCUGGGAGUAUCCAUCAUAGCUGACCGCUUCAUGUCCUCCAUUGAAGUCAUCACAUCCCAAGAACGGGAAAUAACCAUCAAGAAGCCCAAUGGCGAGACCAGCAAAACCACAGUGAGGAUCUGGAACGAGACUGUUUCCAACCUCACAUUGAUGGCCUUGGGCUCAUCCGCUCCUGAGAUCCUUCUGUCCGUCAUCGAAGUGUGUGGCCAUGGCUUCACAGCAGGGGACUUAGGGCCAAGCACAAUUGUGGGGAGUGCUGCAUUUAAUAUGUUUGUCAUCAUUGCAAUCUGUGUUUACGUUGUUCCUGACGGAGAAAUAAGGAAGAUCAAGCACUUGCGAGUGUUUUUUGUUACAGCAGCCUGGAGCAUCUUUGCCUACACUUGGCUUUACAUUAUUUUAUCUGUGUCUUCUCCUGGGAUUGUGGAGGUUUGGGAAGGCUUGCUCACCUUCUUCUUCUUCCCAAUCUGUGUAGUGUUUGCCUGGAUAGCUGACAGGAGGCUUUUAUUUUACAAGUACGUCUACAAGAAAUACCGAGCUGGCAAACAGAGAGGCAUGAUCAUUGAGCAUGAGGGUGACCGACCCUCCUCCAAAGCUGAUAUUGAGAUGGACGGAAAGGUUGCUAAUUCUCAUGUGGAGAACUUUUUAGAUGGGACACUGGUGUUGGAGGUAGAUGAAAAAGACCAGGAUGAUGAGGAAGCCAGGAGGGAAAUGGCUCGGAUCCUGAAGGAGCUGAAACAAAAGCAUCCUGACAAGGAAAUUGAGCAGCUUAUAGAGUUGGCCAACUACCAGGUCCUAAGUCAGCAGCAGAAGAGCAGGGCUUUCUAUCGCAUCCAGGCCACUCGACUUAUGACAGGAGCUGGCAACAUCCUGAAGAGACAUGCUGCAGACCAGGCCCGCAAAGCUGUCAGCAUGCAUGAGGUCAACAGUGAGGUGGCAGAAAAUGAUCCCAUCAGCAAGCUGUACUUUGAACAGGGUACCUACCAGUGUCUGGAGAACUGUGGUACCGUUGCCCUGACCAUCAUUCGUCGGGGUGGCGACUUGACCAACACAGUGUAUGUUGACUUCCGGACAGAGGAUGGGACAGCCAACGCCGGCUCUGACUAUGAAUUCACUGAAGGGACAGUGGUCUUCAAGCCUGGAGAGACCCAGAAGGAAAUCCGUGUUGGCAUAAUUGAUGAUGACAUAUUUGAGGAGGAUGAGAAUUUUCUGGUCCAUCUCAGCAACGUCCGCGUGAGUACUGAGGCAGAUGAGGGUAUUCUCGAGGCCAGUCGUGUCUCCACACUUGCCUGCCUGGGCUCACCAUCUACUGCCACCGUCACCAUCUUUGACGAUGACCAUGCUGGCAUAUUCACCUUUGAGGAACCAGUAACACAUGUCAGUGAGAGCGUGGGGACCAUGGAAGUGAAAGUGUUGCGAACAUCCGGCGCACGAGGAAAUGUUAUUGUGCCCUAUAAAACCAUUGAAGGCUCAGCCAAAGGUGGAGGAGAAGACUUUGAAGACACCUGUGGGGAGCUGGAGUUCCAGAACGAUGAGAUAGUGAAAUUCAUUGCCCUUAGAAUACUUGACCGUGAGGCGUAUGAGAAAGAGUGCAGUUUCUUCCUUGUGCUUGGGGACCCGGUGUGGCUACGACGAGGAGUGAAAGCGCUGUUGUUGAAUGAGCUUGGUGGCUUCACCAUCACAGAGGAGAACGAGGAGAAGCAGCCACUGACCAGCAAGGAGGAGGAAGAGCGUCGAAUCGCAGAGAUGGGGCGCCCCAUCCUGGGGGAGCACACCAAGCUCGAAGUCAUCAUUGAGGAAUCCUAUGAGUUCAAGAACACAGUGGACAAGCUCAUUAAGAAGACAAACCUGGCAUUGGUGGUUGGCACAAACAGCUGGAGAGAGCAGUUUAUUGAGGCUAUUACCGUCAGCGCGGGGGAAGACGACGAUGACGAUGAAUGUGGGGAGGAGAAGCUGCCCUCCUGCUUUGACUACGUGAUGCACUUUCUGACCGUCUUCUGGAAGGUCCUUUUCGCCUUCGUACCCCCGACAGACUACUGGAACGGCUGGGCCUGCUUCGUUGUCUCCAUCCUCAUGAUCGGCAUCCUGACAGCAUUCAUCGGCGACCUGGCGUCCCACUUCGGCUGCACCAUUGGCUUGAAGGACUCUGUCACUGCAGUCGUGUUUGUGGCGCUGGGGACAUCAGUGCCAGACACGUUUGCCAGUAAAGUAGCAGCAACGCAAGACCAGUAUGCGGAUGCCUCCAUCGGGAACGUCACCGGGAGCAAUGCUGUGAACGUUUUCUUGGGCAUCGGAGUGGCCUGGUCCAUCGCAGCCAUCUACCACGCGGCGCAUGGACAAUCCUUUGAAGUCUCACCUGGCACUCUGGCCUUCUCCGUCACUCUCUUCACCAUUUUUGCUUUUAUCAGUGUGGGUGUGCUGCUCUAUCGGAGGAGACCCGAAAUUGGAGGUGAGCUGGGCGGGCCGCGGACUUCCAAGCUGCUCACGUCCUCACUCUUUAUCCUCCUCUGGCUCUUGUACAUAUUCUUCUCAUCUCUGGAAGCCUACUGCCACAUAAAAGGCUUCUAAAGGAACAAUCAGAGAUAGUAAAUAUAUGUAUAUCUAUAUGUAUCUAUAUAGAGAAAUAUAUAGGUAUAGAUAUAGAUAUAACGCUGUGUAUAAUGAACAGAGAAAGAAUAAAAGAGAUUUGCCAUGUUCACACACCUGCUGAUGGAAAGCAGCUUUGGAGCGUCCUUUGAACUAGGCAGGACCCCAAAGUCAGCUGGACCCCUCCUCAGGGGUCCCUUCUUUGCAACUCUACCAGUGAGAGCAGCCAGCAGCCCCUGAGCCCUUUCCCAUUGCUCCCACUGACUUCGGGAGGAUGGAUGCGAAGGCAACUGGGCGAGUUGGCACAGGGAAGGCCGAGUGGCUGGCUAGAAGUGGAGCCAGUGGGCAAGGAAAGGAGAGCAAGGGUCCCGACCUCCGACCAUCCUCCGUCUGCCUUCGCCACUUGGGAACAUCUCCUCCGGCCCUAUCGGAAAGAAGCAAGAGACCAGACUGAAGACAAGGGGAAAUUGGGAGCCUUCUAAGGAUAGAACACAACCAUUUUCAUCAUUUGUUGGUUUUUUUUUUUUCAUUUUGAUGUGUGUACAAUUGGCAUUCCUCCCUUUCUCCCCACUCCAUUUUCCCCUUUCCCCUUGUUCUCUGUGCUUUGGGGACGCAGCCACGUGUCUGGUGUCCUGAGCUGAGGUCCCACCUCGUCCCUCCCUGGGCAUGCUGUCAUGGUACUAGUAACAUUUGCAUGAACGAUACGACCCCUAUCUGUAUAUAACAUCCUAUAGCGAUAGUCCUUCCAGCCGUGUGGGUUGAGCAUUGCUGAUACAAGUGUUCUCUUUUCACCUGGUUUUAUUUAUUAUAGCUAGUUUAGCUUUUCCCAUAGGUUUGGGGUUUUUUUUGUUGUUGUUGUUUGGUUGGUUGUUUCCUCUUCACAGGGAGUGACGGGAGGGAAAGCUUUCCCCACUCCCUGCUCUGUGCAUGUGUCCCUGAGAAGCAAUAACAGCCACACGGGCAUAGAUUUUCUGUGUCCCCAGAGGCCAACUGACAGCCCUCGUUUCAGGACCUGUCCUUGGGGCUGCUCCUUCCCCACAGCCAUUUGGAGGCAGUAUAAUUCAGCGCAAGGGCCGUAAGGAGUUCUCCUCGUGUGCCACGUUGGGGCGCAGCCCUGGCACAGAGGGAAGCGGCUGGUGAGCAGGGGGACAGGGAGGAGGCAGGGCAAGGGAUGUGUCUGGCACCCAGCGAGCAUGUCCCCUCUGAAACCGAUGGAAGGGGCACAACAGGGCCACCUCAGGAUGCCCGCAGUAUCUGGGGGUGUCCCCUCCCCGCGCCUCCCACCAGCCAUCCUGGCGGCCCAGACAGGCAAUCCCAGCAUGCGCGUCCACCGGGGAGCUCCUCCGACCUGGCUGGAACGCACCUCUGCACCAUACCCCUGGGGCUGGGGUAUUUGUAUUCAUUUUGAACAGUCUGCAGGAGCUUCGUUGAACCUGUUGUAAGAGUUUCUCCAAGAGCCUGAAGAUUUUUUUUCCUUGUUAAUCCUCUUCUCGCUUUUGAAAGGUUAUUGUGGUUUUCCUUCUGGUUUUUCGUUUGCUUUAAGGGAAGAAUUGAACACAGAUGCAGGUUGUUCAGGUGUGUGAUUACCUUUAUGUACAAUGACUUCAUUUUCAUUUGUUUGCCUUCGUUGAUUUUUCAUUGUGUGUAUUGCCCACCACUAUAGGCAGUGAGUCCACUAAUUGUGAUGAUCCUUAUCAAUGGUACACAAUGCACAGACAAAUAAAGUUUGCAAUGAUUCCUCAUGGA